UGUUGACAAUUUUGGACUUGGUCUUCUGCUUCAGACUAAGCAGAUAAAACGCAUGGUGUCAUCAUAUGUUGGAGAAAACGCUGAAUUUGAACGCCAGUAUUUAUCUGGUGAGCUUGAAGUUGAGCUUACGCCACAGGGUACACUCGCUGAACGUAUUAGAGCAGGAGGAGCAGGAAUCCCAGCAUUUUACACCAGUACUGGCUAUGGGACGCUGGUGCAGGAAGGGGGUGCGCCUAUCAAGUACAACACAGAUGGCACCAUUGCCAUUGCCAGCCAGCCAAGAGAGGUGCGAGAGUUUGAUGGACGUCACUUUGUUCUGGAGAAGUCGAUUACAGGGGACUUUGCUCUUGUGAAGGCAUGGAAGGCUGAUCGUGCAGGAAACAUUAUUUUCAGAAAAACUGCAAGAAACUUCAACCAACCUAUGUGCAAAGCUGCCAAGACAACUGUAGUAGAGGUAGAAGAAAUUGUUGAUAUAGGAGCAUUUGCCCCAGAAGACAUUCAUGUUCCCAAAAUCUAUGUUGAUCGCCUGAUAAAAGGAGAGAAGUUUGAGAAGAGAAUUGAACGCUUAUCAAUCCGAAAGCCUGAAGACUCAAAAGCCAAAGAAAAACCAGGAGACAAUGUGAGGGAGAGGAUCAUUAGACGGGCUGCUUUAGAGUUUGAGGAUGGCAUGUAUGCUAAUCUGGGUAUUGGAAUCCCGCUGUUGGCCAGUAACUUCAUCAGUCCAGAUAUAACUGUUCACUUACAGAGUGAAAAUGGAGUCCUGGGUUUGGGUCCUUAUCCACUUGAAAAUGAAGUAGAUCCAGACCUGAUUAAUGCAGGUAAGGAGACAGUCACGGUUCUUCCAGGUUCUUCCUAUUUCUCUAGUGAUGAAUCGUUUGCGAUGAUAAGAGGAGGCCAUGUUGAUUUGACAAUGCUUGGAGCUAUGCAGGUGUCUAAGUAUGGUGACCUGGCCAACUGGAUGAUUCCUGGUAAGAUGGUGAAAGGAAUGGGGGGUGCCAUGGACCUGGUAUCCAGUGCGCAGACCAAAGUGGUUGUCACCAUGGAGCACUCGGCCAAGGGUAAUGCCCAUAAAAUCUUGGAAAAGUGCAGUUUACCACUUACUGGGAAACAAUGUGUAAACCGCAUCAUUACAGAGAAGGCUGUGUUUGAUGUGGACAAGAAGAAAGGAUUGACCCUUGUGGAAAUCUGGGAAGGACUGACAGUGGAUGAUAUCAAGAAAAGCACUGGCUGUGACUUCACA